UACAUGAUUUUGGUUGUUGAAUGAUAUUUAUUACACUUCAAUUCUGCAUUUAUUGUGGUUACUCAUCCAGUUUGUGAAAUUGGGGUUUGUUUAUCUUGAUUUUCUCUCUCCUCAAUAUUAGUAGAAUUUCUUCAUGUUGAACAUUUGUUUGCUUAUAGAAGUAAUGCUAGUACCCAAGUUCACUAUGUGUGAGUAGUCAAUUAGUCUAGGGGUUUUGAUGACUCUAGUAGGUUUUGGUGUGAAUUAAUUUCUCCCCUAAUCCCCUCAUGCAUGUGGUUAAUUGUCAUGCUUAUGCUAAUUAGGAAUUCCUAGUUGGACUUUGAACUACCCCACGGGAAUAGGUGGUAGGAAUUAGUUGAAUGUUAGGAUGUUAUGCUCAAAGUCUUUGCUUUGCUGGAUAUAGUCCUAGUGAUUGUAAGGUAGAGGAAGUCGCUGAUUUAGCUCGAAAGAGGGUCUCCGAUACUAUAUAUGGUGCAUCUAUUCUCUUAAGAAUUUCAUUGUUUCGUUGUUGUAGUAGGGGAAGUAAUUCACCCAAUGCAUGCUAGUGGGAAGUCUCAUAUCCCUAGACAUUUAACCAAUUGUUUCUUAGUUUCAUUCUUUAGUUGUUUUUGAUAGAAUUAGUCCUUAAUCAACCCUCAAACGUUUUUCUCCUUAGCAAUUAUAUACGGGGUAGAUUGUCAAGUUAGUUCUAAUUAAGAGUCAUUCCCUGUGGAUUCGACCCUACUUGCCCUACUACAUAAUUAGUUGUACAGGUUAGGUAUUAUUUUUAAUUUGUAUAGGUGUGCGACCGCCUAUCACUACUCAUAAAGAAAAUGCAUAAUUAAUAAAUCUUGAACAUACUUAUUUAAUCAUUUCAUAUGCAAUUUAGUUUCAUCUUAUACAUAUUACAUAUUUUAAUACUUAAUAUGCUAAUUUUUCCUUAUGAUAUAUCUAUUUGACUAAAUAUUACCAAUUAAGAAAAUUAUUAUUACGUGUUAUCUAUUCAUUUUCAUAUUUUAUAUUCCAAUAUUUUGUUGCCAUACAUAAACACUUUAUAAAUAAGGAUAAAAAAUAAAAAGAAAUAAAGUUGAUAUAUUUUUAGAAAAACUUGUUUGACAGAAAAUUUUGUACUAGAAAAUGACAUGCAUGUGUCACUCCUGAUGAUAUCUAUAUUAAUCUUUAUUAUAUAAGUGAAGAAGUGAAGUUAUUUUAGUAAAUCCACUUUUGGUGUCUCCCUUGGGUUACUAAAAUACCCUCCACACUACCCACUAGGAAAAGCCCAAAGAAACAUUUUAAUAAAUCUAACCCCUUAAACAAAUUCUUACCAUUUUAAUCAAUAUGUUUAUAUGCGCUCGGGUCUAUGUAACUUAUAUGUUUCUUAUAUUCUCACGCUUCGCAUUUAUAUUAUAUUUUUUACAUGUUAUUUCAGGUUUAAAUGUAAUAACACAAAUCGAUUUCUUAUAUUCACACGCAUCGGGUGCAUAUAACGUAAUAAGACACAUUCAAUUAUACUUUUUUAAUACGUGUGUCAGUCAACUUAAACCCCCCCAAAAAAUUAAAAUUAUACCCCUAAAAAAAAGUACUCAUCUAUCUAUAAUAUAUAUUAAAAGGCGUUGAUAGGCAAGUCUAUGUGCCACGUGGAACUCACACUAAUCUCACUUUAAUGUUCCAUGUCAUACACAAUUACACUAUUAUUUAAAAAUGAUAAAUACGUGUGGUACUAGUUUUGAACCCGUGACCUCUAAUUUGUAAAUCAAAUAAUUAACCACUAAUCCAAAUCAAAUUAUAUAUCAUCUUUUCAUAACAAAGUAUAAUAAAUGACAAUUUAAUAAUUAUGGAGUAUCGCAUUUAUUUUAAAUUUUUAUCCGUGUAUUAACCCGGGGCAUCGCCCGGGCCCGAAUACUAGUUUAUACUUCCUCCGUCUCUUUUUGUUUUUUACGUUUUCCUUUUUAGUUAUUUCAAAAUGUUCUUUACAUUUCUUUUUAUAUUAUCACAUAAAUAACUCAUAUUCUAUCAAAAUUUGUGUCCAAUUAUUAUUUAAACCAAUUAAAUUCAUUGGGUCAUUUAAUCUCUCACACUUUUUCAUUGGGACAUUAAAAUUUUCUCAUUUUCCAAUAUUAGAAUUUUGAUAACAGUGAAAACAUUAUAAAUAAACGUAAUUUAUCUUGUUUAAAUAAAAAAAUUGAGGAAUCUCGAUGCAAAUUAAUUAUUCGUUAAAACGCGUGAAAAAUACAAAACGUAAAAAACAAAAAGAGAUCGGAGGGAAUAUUUCCCAAUGUGUUAAGAUUUGUACAUGGAGACAAAACUUAACAAUACAUGAACACCCACGUGGCUAACUUUUCCUUAAGGAAAGCAGGUACAAUAAAUGGACAAACUAUAGUGUAGAAGUUCGAUUGUUGGUGGGGAUGAUUAACAAUCAUAUGGUGAAUUGUUAGGAUAUAACAAACCUAGGUAAACGUGUCUGCGUGGUAAAAAAAACGUAGCUAAUGAUGAAAUAAAACAUGAUGGUUUUUGGGAACAAGUACAAAACAUUGUACACCUCAUCCUCAAGCAUGAGGCUUUUCAACUUUCAUAAUCAUUCUCAAUAAUGUCCUCAACUCACUCGGCUCUAAUUGUCUAUUACAUAAUGAUAUAUAUUAGGUUAAUUAUCAACAACAUUGUACUGUUUACCUCUUUCUCAAAGUGAAAAUCGAUCGAGGUAACAUUGUACGUAGUAUUUUGUACGAAAUGCUUUAAAUGGGUGCACGAUAUUUAAAUGUUUAAUUUUGUUCUAAAUUUUAUAUUCAAUUCUUGUUUCCAAUGUGCUAGGAUUCAAACGUUAAACCUAACCUUGUAUUAUAAAUAAAAGAUUGCCCAGGUAUAAUAUUUUUAAAAAAAUUCCUUUAUUGUUUUCAUGCAUGUGAUUAAAAUUUGUAGUUAAGUAGGGUGGGGCAAAGACAUACUCCACGGUUUUUUUUAAAGUCGAGCCUUGUUUCAUAGUUCAAAGUAAUAGAAAGCAAGAUGGAAGUCAAAAUUAUAAGCAGUUGCUCGAUCUUGAGCCCGACAUUUCUUGCCACCAAGGUAAAGUAAUUUUCCGUGUUAUUAUUGCAAACAAUAAAGUUACAUCUGAUUUGAGAGCUCCUUGAAUUUUAUGGCGCUAAAGAAUCAUCCACUUUGCACAUCCUUGAUGUCGUCUCAGUUGUUAACGAAAGGGGAAGCAGAAUGCUAGUAGGUUGAGGAAAUCCCCAUUCCAAUUCAAGAAUGAAAUGACAAUAUUUUUAUUGAAUUUUGAAUCAUCAAUUCACAGUCUCUAUCCCAACUUUUAAGUGCCAAAAAUCUAUUUUCACAUAUCAAAGACCCUCAGUGAAGCAUUUCAAAUGCACCCAUUGGUAGUUUAGGGUUAAUUGGAGGUCGAUAGAUGUUCCUCCAAUAAGUUGGGUGCCUUGAAAACUUUUGUCAAGCAAGGGCACUCAACAUAUGCUCUCCCAACUUCUUUCUAAAUUAUGAUCAUUAUGUUAUCUUAGACUAACAGCAAAUAAAAAGCACGAAUAUAUAUCGGUCGAAGAGUUUUUUUAUUUUUUUAUUUCAAAUAAUACAAAGAAAAAAAAAACUACGGAGUACCAUUUAAGGCAUAGAUCACGUUGUUGGAUUUCUUUCCAAAAAUGUUGAGGCAAAACCUUUUAAUCAAAUAAUGAUCACUCGAUCUACUCGUAUAUCUUGCUACAAUUUUUUAACUUACCCUAUGUUGUACAAAUCUAGGCAUUAUAGUAUACAUUUUUUGUUUAUACUUUAAAAAUAGGAUUUUUUCAUAUUUACCACCUUUUAAAUUUUAAAUUUUUGUAUUUACCACCUUAUAAAAAUGUUAAUUCAUAUUUACCACGUUAGUUUUAAUAAACGUUUGUAUUCACCACCUUUUAACGGAUUUCAUCCAAUUAUCCGUCUAUGUGGGCCUCACUUAACCAAAAAAAUUAACUUUCCUCAUUUUUCAUUAGAUUUCCAAUUAAAAUUAAUUAGGUAAAUAGGGCCCAUAUUGAUGGAAAUUUGAAUGAAAUUCGUCAAGAUGUGGUAAAUACAAAUCUUUUUAUAAAAAUAAGGUGGUAAAUAUGAAAUUACAUUUUAUAAGGUGGUAAAUACAAAAAGCUGAAACUUAAAAGGUGGUAAAUAUCAAAAUAUCCUUAAAAAUAUUACUUUUUUUGUUUAUACUUUAAAAAUCCAGGUGAUAUAAUACUUAUAUACGGAGUACAUAAUUACUGUUUAGGCUCAAAAUAUAAACAUGCAUCGAGUACUUAAACAUGUAUACAACUAUAUGCAUCAACCCCAUUGUAUUUGCAUAACUUAUAUUAGUCUAUUAACGAGGGAAUUUAAUUAUAAUAUUAUAAUACUUUGUGACAGAAAUCACAAGUAACAAUACUUAUACGAUUGGAAACACUAACUGACAUGAAAUGGAUUGAUAAAUUAGCUGAAAUUGAUAAGGUAUCACCCGAAAUCUACAAGGUGCUGAAAGUGAUAAGGUAACACAUGUAAUUAUAAAGUGUUAAAAUGAAUAACCCUUUUAUUUGCGUUAAGUGUUUGGUUAAACAAGUUUCAAUUCUUAAGUACAAACGUUUUAGGAAAGUUUGUGAGAAAGACCUUUUAUGUCAUAAUAAUUUUUGAGGGAAAACACCUUAUAGCUUACAUACCCUUAUAUAUUUUUUAAUUUUAAAAAACAUACCUUAAUGUCCUAUUCCGGCAAAGAAGUGAAUUUUCUCGCCCUUGACCCUCCCUUUCCCCCAUCCAAUUGUGUGUAACUUUCACUCGGCAAAUUGCACUUUUAAAGUGCAACAUCAAUUAAGGUUUAUUUUAACCCUAAUAUGAUGAUGAGUCCAUUGCACUUUUCCAUAGCAUAAAAAGCUUAGUGUACUCUUCCAUGAUAACACAUCAUUCAGUUACGUACUUUUUUUCCCUUUUAACACCUUAAAUAAUAAAUAGACCAAUAUCCAAUCCCCUUGUAACCAAAUAAUCUAUCACAUAUCAAAAAAAACUUUCCUUGUUUGUACACAGUUACACUUUCUCCAAAUUCCUAAAUUAAUUUCAAUUAAUGGAUUCCCAUUGGUCCCUUAAUCAUUCUGAUAACAAAUUUUCAUUCGUCGAUACUACUACUCGGUAUAUCAAUCAGCAACAGCAACAGCAACAGCAACAGCAACAGAAACAGAAACCCCAUAUUGAUUCAGCAUCAGGCGGGGCCGGGGGCAGUAGUCCCCUGCUGCAGCAGCAGCUCAGGGGAUUCUGGCAGAGUCAGAUACAGGAGAGCAAACAAGAUGUUGAUUUCAGAAACCACAACUUACCAUUAGCAAGGAUUAAAAAGAUAAUGAAAUCAGACGAUAAUGUACGUAUGAUAUCAGCUGAUGCUCCAGUCCUACUGUCUCGAGCAUGUCAAAUGUUCAUACAGGAUUUAUCCCUCAGGGCUUGGAAUAGUACUCAAGAGGGUAAGAGAAAGACUCUACAGAAGACUGAUAUAUCAGCUGCACUUUCUACAACUGACUUGUUCGAUUUUUUGGUUGAUAUUUUGCCUAGAGAGAAGCCUCUUAUCUCUGCCACUAUGCUUCCACCCGUGAAUUCAGCUUCUAGCAGCCUCGGCGUAAUCUGUGAUCAUCAGCUUAGCCAGCAUCAGGGUUAUAGUGUAGGUGAGGGUACAGGGUUAACCAUGGGGUUGCAGAUGCAUCAGCUAGUGCAAGAUCAAGAUGAUCAGCUUGAUGGAGGGUGUAAUAAUAGUAGUAAUUAUAUCCAUAGAGGUUGGCCUAAUUACUUGUCUCAUCACUCUGCUUGGCCUCCACCAUAAUUUCCAACAUAUCUGGAAUUCAUUCAAGGAUUUUUUGGUAUUUACUACCUUAAAAAUUCACCACUUUUGUAUUUACUACCUUAUGAAAAUUUUAUUUUAAAUUACUACCUUAAAGUUCCAUUUUUUUUGUAUUCACUACCAUUUUACAGUUUUCUCAUUUUAAAAUUGAGAUAUCUCUUUCGUUUCUUAAUCAUUUUAAGUGAUUCAAAGCUCA